GGGCACAGAGGGGGCGGGACUCCUCUCGGCGGCGAAGCUCCGAGCGUGCCGUCAUGGACAGGACGGCCGUCGUCAAAGUGGGUGCCGCGGCCAGUGCGAGCGUUUGUGCCUUGUUUGGUGGCGUGGUUCUGGCCCAGUACAUCGUCGCCAAGAAGAAGAGGGCGGGCAAGAAAACCAGAAUUAUAGAAAUGAUGCCCCAGUUUGAGAAGAAGACGGUGCACAUGAGGGACCCGGAGAGGGUGGAGCAGAUCAUCUGCGGCCUCAUCAAAGGAGGAGCCUCCAAACUCCAGAUAAUCACCGACUUCGACAUGACCUUGAGCAAGUUUGCCGUCAACGGAAAGCGCUGUCCAACAUGCCACAACAUCAUCGACAACUGCAGUCUGGUGACAGAAGACUGCCGACAGAAGCUGCUGCAGCUGAAGAACAAAUAUUACCCCAUCGAGAUCGACCCUCAGCUCACUAUGGAGGAGAAGUACCCUUUCAUGGUGGAAUGGUAUUUCAAGUCACACACACUGCUGGUGGAGCAAAGGCUGGAGAAGGACAAACUCUCACAGGUGGUGCGGGAUUCCGACGCCGCCCUCAGGGAAGGUUACGAGCAGUUCUUCGACCGCCUGCACACGCACGACGUCCCCGUCUUCAUCUUCUCCGCCGGCCUGGGCGACAUCCUGGAGGAGAUCAUCCGCCAGGCGGGGGUCUACCACCCCAACGUCAAGGUGGUAUCCAACUUCAUGGACUUUGACGACAACGGCGUCCUGCGGGGCUUCAAAGGCGAGCUCAUCCACGUGUACAACAAACACGACGGCGCCCUGCGGAACACGGAGUACUUCAAGCAGCAGAGGGACAACUGCAACGUCAUCCUGAUGGGCGACUCGCUGGGCGACCUGAGCAUGGCGGACGGCGUGCCCAACGUGGAGAACCUCCUCAAAGUCGGCUUUCUCAAUGACAAGGUGGAGGAACGUCUGGACAAAUAUUUGGACUCUUAUGACAUCGUCCUGGUGAAGGACGAGACCCUGGAAGUGCCCAACGCUAUCCUCCAGAAGGUUCUAUAACUCCCACCCCGCCCCCCC